AUGUCUAAUGUGCCAAUUUGCAAUCCUGCUUCUUCAUCUCCAACACCCUUCUCCUCUUCUUUGCUAGCAUCGCUCUCUAUUACGUCACUGAAUGGCCCAUUGCCUCAGACGGUAAAUUUCUCACCCAAGCCGGCGAAGACGAAGACGAGGAUGAAAUUAAGAAGUCAACGGCUUAAUAACAUCAACCUCAGCGCCAUCGAUCCUUCAUUGGAGUUGGAAAUUCGGAAUGCGCUGUUCUCCCCUGUUUGUUGA